CGUGUCCUGUAGAGCUGAAAUGUCACUCUGCUGUCUGUAGGCCUCGCAGCACAGUGUGAGUGUGUGACUGUGGGGCUCAGGACCUGCUCAGAGAAGAGGGGGGGGGUUAUAAUGCUCUUUGUUAUUUGACAGUAGAUGCAGAAGUAGUUUUAAUUUAUUGCCUGCCUCUGCUUGUUUUGGUUCAUAUUCAAGAGCCAGAGGGAGUCUCAGGGCGGACGCUCAGUGGCCAUGUCGACCCUCCUGCGCUGCAUCUCCAGCUCUUCUGUUGUUUUCCUCCAGCGAGGGGUGCGUCAGAGGAUACCUGGAAGGAGACAGUUCAGGACUUUCCCUGUGUUAUGGGACCAAAAGGCCUCCAGAGGUGUGCUCUACAAGGACGUGGUGGUGGGCGUUCCUAAGGAGACGGUACAGAAUGAGCGUCGCGUGGCGUUGUCACCUGCCGGGGUGCAGGCGUUGGUCAAACAGGGAUUCAAGGUACAGGUGGAGAGUGGAGCUGGGGAGGAAUCCAAGUUCUCCGACCAGCUGUACAAAGAUGCCGGAGCCACCAUCACUGACGUCAAGGGAGCCCUCGGCUCGGACUUGGUCCUCAAGGUCAGAGCCCCCAGUUUGAGCGAGGUAGACCUCCUGAAGCCCAACUCCACCUUGGUGAGCUUCAUCUAUCCAGCACAGAACCCAGACCUGAUGAAGAAGCUGUCAGAGAGACAGAGCACUGUGCUGGCCAUGGACCAGGUGCCGAGGGUCACCAUCGCACAGGGCUAUGAUGCACUCAGCUCCAUGGCUAACAUCGCUGGGUACAAAGCCGUGGUUCUGGCUGCCAACCACUUUGGCAGGUUCUUUACUGGUCAGAUCACAGCUGCAGGAAAAGUACCCCCGGCUAAGGUCCUGGUUAUUGGAGGUGGAGUGGCAGGUUUAGCAGCAGCAGGGGCAGCCAAGUCGAUGGGAGCCAUAGUCAGAGGAUUUGACACCAGGCCAGCAGCCUUGGAGCAGUUCAAGUCAUUUGGAGCAGAGCCUUUAGAAGUAGACAUCAAAGAGUCUGGCGAGGGAGUUGGAGGUUACGCCAAGGAGAUGUCCAAAGAGUUCAUUGAGGCUGAGAUGGCCCUUUUUGCCAAGCAGUGUAAAGAGGUCGACAUUCUCAUCAGCACUGCCCUGAUCCCAGGGAAGCGGGCUCCCAUUCUGAUCAAGAAGGAGUUUGUGGAGUCUAUGAAGGAUGGCUCUGUGGUGGUGGAUUUGGCUGCAGAGGCAGGGGGCAACAUCGAGACCACCAGGCCUGGUGAGCUGCAUGUUCACAAGGGAGUAACACACAUUGGCUACACAGACCUGCCCAGCCGCAUGGCCACCCAGGCCAGCACUCUGUAUUCAAAUAACAUACUGAAGCUGCUGAAGGCCAUUAGCCCAGACAAGGAAUACUUCCACUAUGAGCCCACAGAUGAGUUUGACUAUGGAACAAUCGACCAUGUCAUCCGUGGGACUCUUGUUAUGAAGGACGGCAAGAACAUGUUCCCAUCCCCGCUCCCAAAAACAGUCCCACCGCCCCCCGUAAAACAGAAAUCAGUCAUAGAGUUGGAAGCUGAGAAAGCAGCGGCGAUUUCUCCCUUCCACCGCACCAUGACCUCUGCUGGCGUCUACACUGCAGGUGUGUCCACCUGUCUGGCUCUGGGCAUCAUCUCCCCCAACACUGCAUUCACUCAGAUGGUCACAACCUUCGGCUUGGCUGGGAUUGUGGGAUACCACACUGUGUGGGGCGUGACCCCUGCUCUGCACUCACCCCUCAUGUCUGUCACCAACGCCAUCUCAGGUCUGACGGCAGUAGGAGGUUUGGUGCUGAUGGGUGGAGGUCUCACACCCUCCACCUUGCCUGAGAGUCUUGCCCUGGCUGCUGCCUUCGUUUCUUCCAUCAACAUUGCCGGUGGUUUUCUGAUCACCCAGAGGAUGUUGGAUAUGUUCAAGCGUCCCACUGACCCUCCUGAGUACAAUUACCUGUAUCUGCUGCCUGGAACUGCAUUUGUUGGAGGAUAUGGAGCUUCGGUUGCAGCUGGAUACAGCAUUGAGCAGAUGAUGUACUUGGGCUCAGGCUUGUGUUGUGUUGGUGCACUGGCGGGACUCUCUGCCCAGGGCACCAGUCGCUUGGGGAAUGCCCUGGGCAUGAUGGGAGUGGCGGGGGGCAUCGCCGCCACCCUCGGCGCCCUCAAACCCUCACCAGAGCUGCUGUCUCAGAUGUCUCUGGCCAUGGCCACUGGUGGAACCCUAGGUCUCACCAUUGCCAAGCGUAUUGAAAUCUCAGACUUGCCGCAGCUCGUGGCGGCCUUCCACAGCCUCGUGGGGUUGGCGGCAGUCCUCACCUGCAUCGCCGAGUUUAUGAUCGAGUACCCCCACCUGGAUACUCAUCCAGCCGCCGGUGUCCUCAAGACAGUGGCAUAUCUGGGCACUUACAUUGGAGGUGUCACCUUCAGUGGAUCACUGGUGGCCUACGGCAAACUUCAAGGCAUCCUCGACUCCGCCCCCCUGCUGCUGCCGGGCCGACACGUUUUGAACGCCGGUCUGAUGGCAGCAUCGAUGGGAGGCAUGAUUCCUUUUAUGCUCAGCUCCAGCUAUGGUACUGGCAUGGGGUGUCUACUGGGAGUGUCUGGGCUUUCCACUGUUAUGGGUGUAACCCUGACAGCAGCUAUCGGGGGCGCUGACAUGCCCGUGGUCAUUACCGUGCUGAACAGCUACUCUGGAUGGGCGCUCUGUGCUGAAGGUUUCCUACUAGACAACAAUCUCAUGACGAUUGUUGGUGCCCUGAUUGGCUCCUCUGGUGCCAUCCUCUCCUACAUUAUGUGUGUGGCUAUGAACCGCUCCCUGCCCAAUGUGAUCCUGGGUGGAUAUGGCACCACCUCCACAGCAGGUGGUAAGCCCAUGGAAAUUGUUGGCACUCACACUGAGGUCAACGUGGACCAGACCAUUGACAUAAUCAAAGAGGCCAACAACAUCAUCAUCACACCAGGUUGGGGUCUGUGUGCAGCCAAAGCUCAGUACCCAAUUGCAGACAUGGUGAAGAUGCUGAGGGAGCAGGGAAAGACUGUCAGGUUUGGUAUCCACCCAGUUGCCGGUCGUAUGCCCGGCCAGCUGAAUGUCCUCUUGGCUGAGGCUGGUGUUCCCUACGAUGUGGUCCUGGAGAUGGAUGAGAUCAAUGAAGACUUCCCAGAAACCGACUUGACACUGGUCAUUGGAGCCAACGACACAGUGAACUCUGCAGCACAAGAAGAUCCCAACUCUAUAAUUGCUGGAAUGCCUGUUCUGGAGGUGUGGAAGUCCAAACAGGUGAUAGUCAUGAAGCGUACCUUGGGUGUGGGCUACGCUGCAGUAGAUAACCCCAUUUUCUACAAGCCCAACACAUCAAUGUUGCUGGGAGAUGCCAAGAAGACCUGUGACAGCCUGCAAGCCAAGAUCAGAGAGGCCUACUACUAGUUAACAGCCAUUACUAACAUGUACAGUAGUUCUCAAGCACAGAGGCAGGUUGACAGAUUACUAUAUUUCCAGCAUUAACUUUCAGUUUAUAUAUACAUAUAUAUAUAUUUGAAAAACAGAUUUAUUGGGUCUGCAAACAAAUGUGAUUCUAUUACCUACAAUUCAUGAGAUGAUUUUUUGGGAAAAUAAGGGACAUGAAUAACUCAAACAUAAAUGUGUACUGAUUUGUAAAUAAAAAUUAUUUAAACUUA